UUGAAACUCUUAACCGGAAACAGGACAGGACCGUGGAUUGUAUAGGAAGGACAGCUAACCCAGUUAAAGUAGUAUUGCAUUAGUGCAUAACCAGCUGUGGCUAUGAGUCUUAAAGCUAAAAUAGUUGUAAUAGGAUGCGGAAUAUCAGGUAUAGCAGCAGCACAUCGGCUCGUUAAAGCUGGAUAUCAUCAAGUGUGGAUACUUGAAGCGACUGCAAGAAGCGGAGGAAGGAUAAAAACCUGCACAUUGGGUGAUAAUAUUGUUGAGAUGGGGGCAAACUGGAUCCAUGGACCGUCUGAGAAGAACCCAGUGUUUUGUAUGGCCCGCCAGUACGGGCUGCUGGACCCAGAGGCCCUCACCCCAGAGAACCAGGCCAUGGACGUCGGGGGACAUCCCCCUUGGGUUCCCAACUUUUUCAGCAGUUCAGGCCGGAAGCUGAAUGCUGAAGAUAUCUAUCCUGCUCAGGAGAUGUUUUUUGAGCUGAUGUAUGAAAGUUCAGAAUUUGAGAGUGAAGGAGGAGAGCCCUGGGCCUCUGUGGGAGAUUUCGUACGUUCAGAGGUUCAACAACGAGCAGCAGAGAAGUGGAAAGAUAUUGAUGCAACCACCAGAUCUCUGCGACUGUGUGCGAUCAGUAACAUGUUGAAGGUGGAGUGCUGUGUUAAUGGGACUCACAGCAUGGAUCAGGUGGGCCUGGGGGCCUUUGGCCUAUACAAGACUCUACCUGGACUGGACUGUACAUUCCCAGGUGGCUAUGAAGAUCUAGUCCAAAACUUGAUAUCGGAGCUUCCGAGUGGUUCAGUGACCUACAAUCGGCCUGUGCGCUGUGUCCACUGGAACAACACAGAGAAGAGAGAAAACCCUGUGAUGAUCGAGUGUGAUGAUGGGGAGAGCAUCACUGCGGAUCAUGUUAUUGUCACAGUACCUCUAGGAUACCUAAAGAAGCACCACUCGACUCUGUUCCGUCCUCCUCUCCCUCUACACAAGCUGCACUCUGUCCAAAGACUAGGCUUUGGAACAAACAAUAAAAUAUUUGUGGAGUUUGAUUCACCGUGGUGGGAUGCUGACUGUGAGGUCAUCUAUCUCGUGUGGGAAGACGAGGAUGUCAUGGUGGACCAGGUGCCAGAUGUACAGAGAUCCUGGAUAAAGAAGCUGUUUGGCUUCACUGUGCUCAAACCCACUGAAAGGUAUGGCCAUGUUAUGUGUGGCUGGAUUGCUGGCCAUGAGUCAGAGUAUAUGGAGACACUGUCUGAACAAGAGGUCACACACACAGUCACACAACUCAUCCGCAGAUUCACAGGAAACCCUACCAUCGCCCCGAGGAGAGUCCUGCGCUCCCAGUGGUUUCAUGACCCCUGGACAUGCGGAUCUUACAGUUACCCAGCAAUAGGUUGUUCAGCGCAAGACCUGGACAACAUGAUGGAGCCCCUGCCUACAAAAGGAUCCCUUUUACAACCCCUGCAGGUGUUGUUUGCUGGAGAGGCUACUCAUCCCUGCUACUACUCCACCGUCCAUGGAGCUGUUCUCACUGGGUGGAGAGAAGCUGACAGACUCAUCUCUCACUACUCCUCCUCAAUCAGUCCAUCUGAACCGCCCAAGUCAAAGCUUUAAAAGAGCAAUGCUGCUUUGACAAAGAGAUUUUAUCAGGUUUAUGGCUCAAAUCUGUAAUUGCUUCAAACUAUGAUUUAAGGGUUGAUAUGGAACAUUAUGUGGGAGCUGCUGUUCUUUUUUUAAGCCGUCACUUAAAGGUGCAGUCAGCGAUUCAAAUCCAAUACUUUUUGUCAAAUUCAGCGAACUUCUCCUCACGGUCUGCUCUGUGUGUGCUGAAAAUAAAUCUGAUGUUUUUACACAGCCCUGGCUGUGUGAAUGGGAAACAAACAAAGUGGCUCAGACCGAGUCACACAACACUUUUCCAGGCAAUCAGCAACAGUGUUCGUGGUCGUGCACAGAUCAGGGAAAAGGCCAUUGAUGUAUAAAGAGAAAUGCAGUGGGAGCAAGAGGGACGGUAAAUCUAUUAUUAGUAUUUGUUUGGGUGUUGAGUUCAAAUAUCUUUCUCCAGAUGUGCAGACUCUACCCCUAAGAAUGUAGAAAGUGAAGUGUUGCUGACUGCUGACCUUGUGCUGUUCAGUGCUUUAAAAUACAAAUGGACCUGGACAACACAAGUGAUCUAUACAGCGAUGAUAUUUGUAUUAAAUACAUGAAGGAUACAGCUUUAAAUAACUGAUAAAAGGCAUCUUUGUAUAUUUUAUUAAAGAAAAAUGAAGGAACUAAGAUUGAAGUUACACAGUAAUCCUGUUUACAAAUCAUCUUAAUAACAAUGCAGUUGUAAGAAUUAGUAGUAAUUUUAUACUGUCUUAUUUUAAGACCGAUUGAAUUCCAUGCUGUUUUCAACUUUCUGCUUUGUUAAUGUAAUUAUUAAUAAUGUAUGCAUUGAAUGUAAAUAACUAUCAGAUUCUAUAAAUCAUUUUUCAGUAAAUUAUAUAAACAGU